UGUGCUGUGGUGCUGAAGUGCUUAGACCCCAUCCUUACCAUUGCCUGCACUUUAGCAUAUCGAGAUCCAUUUGUCUUACCAGCUCAGGCUGUGCAGAAACGUGCUGCUAUGCUAUGCCGAAAACGAUUUACUGCAGACACAUUCAGUGAUCAUAUGGCUUUACUCACGGCUUUCCAGGCGUGGCAGAAAGCACGUAGUGAUGGGUGGGAACGAGCCUUCUGUGAGAAAAAUUUCCUGUCUCAGGCUACCAUGGAAAUUAUUAUUGGAAUGAGAACACAGUUGCUAGGGCAGCUCAGGGCUUCAGGUUUUGUCAGGGCUCGUGGAGGAGGAGACAUUAGAGAUGUAAAUACAAACUCUGAAAACUGGGCAGUAGUAAAGGCUGCUCUAGUGGCUGGGAUGUACCCAAACCUAAUACAUGUGGACAGAGAGAAUAUGAUGCUCACGGGACCCAAGGAAAAACGAGUGCGUCUCCACCCUAAUUCAGUUCUCAGUCAGCCACAGUAUAAAAAGAUCCCCCCUGAGAAUGGUCAGGCAGCAGCAAUACAAGCAUUGCCUACAGAUUGGCUGAUAUAUGAUGAAAUGACUCGAGCACAUAGAAUUGCCAACAUUAAAUGUUGCACAAUGGUUACACCAGUCACCGUAACAAUCUUCUCGGGACCUGCCCGGCUGCCAAGCAACGCAUUGCAAGAGUCUUCAUUCCAUGCAACUCUAGAUGGUGUCCCCAAUGACAGCAGUGACAGUGAGAUGGAGGAUCGGGCUAUAACUUUGUUGACCUCUCUUAAGCUGGAUGAGUGGCUACAAUUUAAGCUGGACUCUGAGGCUGCUGGUCUCUUGCUACAGCUGCGGCAGAAGUGGCACAUUUUGUUUCUGAAGAGAAUGCGGACACCCUCAAAGCCAUGGACACAAGCAGAUGAGGCCACCAUACGAACUGUGAUUGCUGUGCUGACCACUGAAGAGCAGUUUGCAAGUUUACGCCAGCCUUCUGGAAUUGGGCAGAGACCAAGGCCAAUAUCUUCCGAGGAGCUUUCUGUGUCAUCUUCCUGGAGGAACAGUAAUAGUCAGAAGAGCUCAGAAACGGACUUUUCUGAUGACCUUCCUAAUCUGGACAGAACAAAUGUGAAGUCUCCUCCUCCAGGGUUAACUCUGCAGGCUAAAAAUAAAGAAAAGGUUGGUUUACACCCAAAACGCCAUGAAGAUACAUUCGAGCAGACGUUGGGGAAGUUACCUGAAAGCAUUAGCUGCACCAGUCCCUGUACAAACCCAUCCUCACCUGCCUCUGUCAAGUCUUCAAAGUCUCCUUCACCACGUCCAAAUUUGUCAGUGCGAUACUUUAUAAUGAAGAGCAGCAAUCUGAGGAAUCUUGAGAUCUCCCAGCAGAAGGGAAUUUGGUCCACCACCCCAAGCAAUGAGCGCAAGCUAAACAGAGCAUUCUGGGAGAGCAGCGCGGUGUAUCUCGUCUUUCUGUUCAGGGAUCUGGACAUUUUCAGGGAUUUGCAAGAAUGCUUUCAGAGAUUGGGAGAGAAAAGAGCCAGGAGUGGGGGUCCACAAGUCUAGGAGGAGUCUUUAAGAUAGAAUGGAUACGAAAGGAAAACUUGCCUUUUCAAUAUGCUCACCACUUGAUGAACCCCUGGAAUGACAAUAAGAAGGUGCAGAUAAGCCGUGAUGGACAGGAGCUGGAGCCUCAAAUAGGGGAACAGUUAUUGCUGCUUUGGGACAGAGUUCCUUUGGGAGACAGGAGUAUUUUGCACUAA